GCAUGCAUUCAUCAAAUCAUCACUUAACAUCUACUGUCAUCCUCUUAAUAUUUCUCUCUCUUUCUAUAGCAUUGGUUGCAAUAAUAUUCUAAGUUGUUUUGAAAUGAAAAUGAAAGGUUCUACAUGGUUUCUUCCCCUUGUUGUAGCCUUUCUUUUUGUGGAUGCAUCCGCUGGUAACUUUAAUCAAGACUUUGAAAUAACAUGGGGUGAUGGUCGUGCAAAAAUUCUUGAAAAUGGACAGAGUCUUAGCCUCUCUUUAGACAAAGCCUCUGGCUCUGGAUUUCGCUCCAAAAAUGAAUACUUGUUUGCAAAAGUUGAUAUGCAACUUAAACUUGUGCCUGGUAACUCUGCUGGCACUGUCACUACCUAUUAUCUAUCUUCUCUAGGGCCUACUCAUGAUGAAAUAGACUUUGAAUUUCUUGGUAACUUGAGUGGUGAUCCUUAUACUCUUCAUACAAAUGUAUUCACACAAGGAAAAGGCAAUAGAGAACAACAAUUCCAUUUGUGGUUUGACCCCACCAAGGACUUCCACACUUAUUCUAUUCUUUGGAAUCCUCAAAGCAUCAUAUUCUCUGUAGAUGGAACACCAAUUAGAGAAUUCAAGAACUUAGCAUCAAAAGGGGUUGAUUUUCCAAAGAACCAACCAAUGAGAAUAUAUUCUAGUCUAUGGGAUGCUGAGAAUUGGGCCACAAGAGGUGGGCUUGUCAAAACAGAUUGGUCCCAAGCCCCAUUCACAGCCACAUAUAGAAACUUCAAUGCUCAAGUUUGUGUUUGGACUUCUUCUGGCUCUUCUUGUUCUUCCAACAAAUCUCCAUCGUCUUCAUUAUCUCAAUCAUGGUUGAGAGAAUCAUUGGACUCAAAUGGAUUAGCUAAAGUUCAAUGGGCGCAAAAGAAUUAUAUGAUUUAUAAUUAUUGCACUGAUACUAAGCGUUUUCCACAAGGACCCCCUUCCGAAUGUCUUCCUUAAACAUUAUUAUGUGAUUUUAUAAAAGGCUCGGAUUUAGAUUCUCUAUGAUUGUUGUACCAUGCAAUGAUCUCUAGAAUGAUUAAAUUUAGAGAUUGUUGCACCGUACAAUAAUUAUAGAGAAAUCCUAUUCAAUAAAUCUCGUACAUAUCGAAUAUGUGAAAAAUAUGUUUAACUUCUUUCUCUUGUGUAAAUUUACAAUUAAAACUAUAUCAUAAAUUCAUAUACAUGUAUUGUACAUUUCUACCUUGUUUGUGUUUGAAAAAAGACAUGCUUGAUAUUCAUAUCAAUAAAUUGAGAAAUUGUAUAUUGUAUUGUUCAAAGUUAAUAUUAUUUAAAUUUAUAUUUUUUGUGGUA